UCUGCCUCCUCUGACGACUGCGACAACAUCGACAACUUACAGACUUACUGCGGAAAUGACUGAUCGACUGAGACAAACUUACAGAAAUGCUUUGUAUCAGAUUGCUCGCAAUCUCGAUGAAGAACAGCAAAAAGGACUUCAGUUUCUUUGUGUUGAACACGUCCCAAGACGAAUUAAGGAACUUCUUGACCUUUUCUUUGCUCUGGAGGAAAAUAAGAAGAUGUCGUGGAUCAACGUUUCCUACCUGAUGAAAUGUUUGGGCGAAAUUGGAAGAAAAGAUUUAGCUGAAUUAUUAGCGAAGUUCGAGGUAAAAAGAAACAUGUCUAUUCUUCUUAGUUUCUACGUCAAGAAGAGGAAUGGACAGCAUUCUUUUGAUGAUGACGACUGGUCAUCAGCGACCAAGUUGGCGGAGUAUCUCGUGCACUUGAUGGAAGGAUUUGAGGGAAACGUUGAAAUAAGAGACAUAAUGAAAAGCUCAGAUGGUGAUAAUAAGAAAGAUCUUUGGCUGAAAUUUGUCAACGAAUGUACCGCAUGGAGCUCAAGAAAGACAUGGAGUAAGUUCUCUAUGCUCGUUGCCCUUGCCGGGGAAACCAUUUGCGCUUCAGCAUCAAUUCACCCUGGAGGAAACUCAGAAGAAGCCAUAAUGGAUAUCUGCAUAACAUUGGCAGAUGAGCUAUGUUGUCCAAUGCUUCAGCUUGGAGGCUGGGAGGACUUUCAUACCUUUGUGAGAAGAAGACACAAUCUGGUUUACGGGAACGACACGAGUUGCAACACUUCUGUGAACAGAGAGCAAAUUGCAGACGCAGUCCGAAAGUUGGAGGAGGCUAUCUUUUUCUAAACGAGACAAAACAAGGCAACCCCAGCCAAACAUACAUAUAAAAAAAUGAGAAAACUUAGAAAAAAAAUACAAAAGUUAUAAACGAAAUCAGAUGAAAAAAAGGAAGGAGGAAAGACGUG